AUGAGGCAAUGUGACCAACGUGACGACGAUCCUUCUUCUUCUUCUUCUUCUUCUUCUUCUUCUUCUUCUUCUUUCUCUUCUUCUUCUUCUUUGUGCCGUGAAAUAUUCUCCUUUUAUUUCCUCUCAUCCUCCCCUUUCCUUUCUUUUUUUUCUCAUCCCCCUCCCUCCUUUUUAUUUCCUCAUCCUCCUCCCUUCCGGCUUCCUUUUUUUCUCUUCCGGCUCUUUUUUAUUUCCUCUCAUCCUCCCUCCCUUUCUUUUCUCUUCCGGCUCUCCUUUUAUUUCCCCUCAUCCUCCUCCUUUCUUUUUCUCUUCCGGCUCCUCUUUUUAUUUCCUCUCAUCCUCCUCCCUUUUUUUUCUCUUCCGGCUCCUCUUUAUUUCCUCUCAUCCUCCUCCCUUUUCUUUUCUCUUCCGGCUCUCCUUUUUAUUUCCCUCUCAUCCUCCCUCCCUUUCUUUUUCUCUUCCGGCUCUCCUUUUUAUUUCCCUCUCAUCCUCCCUCCCUUUCUUUUUCUCUUCCGGCUCUCUUUUUAUUUUCUCUCAUCCUCCUCCUUUCUUUUCUCUUCCGUCUCUCCUUUUUUAGUUCCUCUUAUCCUCCCUCCCUUUCUUUUCUCUUCUGUCUCUCUUUUUAGUUCCUCUCAUCCUCCCUCCCUUUCUUUUUCCUCCUCCGUCUCUCUUUUUUAUUUUCCUCCAUCCUCCCUCCCUUUUUUUCUCUUCCGGCUCUCCUUUUUUUUCCCUCUUAUCCUCUCUCCCUUUUUUUUCUCUUCCGUCUCUUUUUAUUUAACUUACAUCAUUCUUCCCAUUCUUUUCUCGAUGUUGCUCUUUCCAUUUCUCUUAUCAUUCUUCCUCUUCUUUGUUCCUCUUUUUUUCCUUCCACAUCAUUCUGGUCUUUCUUUUUCGUUCCUUUUAUCUUUAUCGUCUUCUCACGUCAUCCUUCCUUUUUUUUCUUUUUUAUUAACUUUCUUUUCUUUCGUUUGGACAGGUAACCCAAAAAAGAAAGAUAAAGAAAAAAGAUCAACGAAAGGGAUGAAGUGUUCUUUACGCGCCAAAUGUUCCCGCGAGUCGCACUGGCGUCGUGAGGCGAAUGAAACGUGUGACCAACGUGACGACGGUGACCAUUCGUAG